AGUGGGCGAAAUGUACUCAGCUUUGAUUAUAGCUUUAAGGAGCUUAUCGUCGAAGUUGAAGUGCGCAAAAGAUGAGACGGGUUUAGGGGGUUGUGACCCUGAAACGGUAAUAUCGAACGUUUUGCGCAACUCGGCGACUUGUUUGUUUGAUAAACUCGCAAUUUCGGGGUGUUCAUUAUAGAAGUUUUUCUCGAAGGGUUUGUAUUCGAUUGUUGAGUGGUCAAUGGGGGGUAAAGGAUCAAUAAUUUUUUUCUUAUCAGGGGGGAUUGGGUUACCAUCCUCGUCAUAUUCAAUGUCUAACUCCUCCUCAACUGGGGCCAAACCGGCGUUAGGAUUCUCCUCCAUGUAUCUAUAAUACGAUUCUUCAACGUCCUCCUCCUCCAAAUCGUUCCUAACCCCAGUUUGUUGCGACGAACUGCCAGGUUUCUCCGAUUGCAUCUGAAAACUUGUCAUGAACUCGACUAAACUGUUUGUUGUGUUGUGACUGACCUGUUUCUCGAUGCCUGCCAUGUAGGCAUCCAGAGGAUCAUCGUCCUCGUUUGGCACUUCUUGUUUCUUGGUUUCGACUCGAGUGGGGCUCCCGGGGGCUGGGAUGUAUGCCAAAUCGGGCACAGUCUCCUCCUCGUCGUCCUCGAAAUACCUGAAAACACAAACUGACGCUGUCCCUCACUCGUUUACGUCCACUCGUACUCAUCCUCGGUGGCGGCACGUUUGCGACUACCCCCCCAAGCAGCCGAUAACGCAUUCUGACUUAUUGCAUUCAUUGUUGAAUAGCCUUGCUUGCUAACGCCACUUAACGGGGGCGGGGGCACGGCAUUGUGGCGCUUUUGGUUCAUUUGGAAACCCGAGUAGUUGAAGCCACUCAUGAUUGAGGUUAAAGUAAUUUACAAGAAAAAACACAGUUUUUGGUUAGUAUUGCGAAAGCAUGCUGUUUUAUAAACACUUUCACGCACUAGUAAUGGUUUUUAGCGACACACAAUUCGCGAAAACAACAAAAUUGUUUUCACUCACAAAACGUCAAAACUAAUUGACAGUCAAAACUACCAAUAGUGGCAAAACAAAAAUGAAAAGUACUAAAAUACGCAACUUUUUUAAUUAUUUCAAACGUAAAUCAUCAAAUGAUUUAAUCGAAACAUAAUUCUUAAUCGUGUCGAAUUGGAAUUGAUUAAGAAAACUAUUUAAAACUUGAUUUUAUUAAGUUUUAGUUACCAAAUUGACAGUCAGCUGACAACUGUCAAUGUCACUUGACAAGUGUAAAUAAAUAGUAAAAUCCUGUUCAAAUUUGUGAUGAAAGUCGACUCAUGCAGUUCGAAUUCACGUCGUUCCACCCCCGGAUGUACCGCUGCUGUUGCCGGCGACGGCGCGAGAGCAACCCCCUUUUCCGGGCCGUUUUGUCGGAUAAUUUAGCCGAAUUGCAAGCUUUGGUCGAGUCUGGCCACCCCGUCAACAUCCAGAAUGCAAAAGGCUGCUCGCUGCUUAAUUUCGCAAUGCGCCGAAAACGGGUGGAAAUUUUCGAUUAUUUGCUAAGUUUAGAUGAAAUUGACGUUGAUUUCCGUGAUCGGAUGGACCAAAGUCCGCUUUUGUACCUAGCCGGUGUUUGUUUCGAUGAAUACUUUGCCUUGGAAUUAAUAAGAAAGGGGGCUGAUAUCCAUUCAGUUGAUGACUCGGGGUUUAGUUUUUUGCACCUAGCUGCGAGGGCCUAUUGCGAUGAUAAUUUACGAGUGGGUCAGUUGAUUAUCGAGCAGGGGGCUGAUGUCGACCGUCAGGGACACUACGGGGUGACUCCGCUGUACACUGCAUGUGAAGAAGGCAACUUUGAUUGGGCUUGUAUGUUGCUGUUUUAUGGGGCGGACCCCAUGAUCCCCACUCAUAGAGGAAUACUGCCCGUGGCUGUAGUCUCGUCAAAUACAAGCGAAGACCAACAAGUCUUAUUGCAAGAAAUUAUUUUUAAUUACACUUUUGACGACGAUGGAGUUACUCUAAGUCUUCCAACUUUGACGGCUGCUAUGACUUUAAACUCGGAUCUUUUUGUAAAAAUUCUUGAUAAAGUUUCAAACAUUGAUUAUAAUGUAUCUGACUUGCAACAUUUGGUCACAUCGUUGAUUCACGUGAAAGCGGAACAUUUGAAAUUGUUUAUGCGCAAUUUUGGGUUCAUUAUCAAAGACAUGAUUGAGAAUUUUCCCCCAUUGGAGGUCUUGAUUAAGAUUUCUCUCGACUGUGAAAUGUCGGGAUUGAGGGAAAUAAUUGAGGUGUUUUUGGAUAGUGUCUACUGUGCUAAAUUUGUCCAGUCUUGUGACCCCAACUUGCCUACAAUUUCCCGAUUUAUUCAGGAAUUUACUAGUGAAGAAGAAGAAAAAUUCACUGAAAUGGUGUGUCUAAUGCUGAGUUACGGUCUCGGGGUCACUUCCACCGACUUGGAUGCGGUGUACAAUCAAUUCGGUUAUUGCGAACUCUUUAAAUUGUUACUCCACAUGGACAUUACGAUAGUAAAUAAUAAUAAUGACAUGCGCUCAAUUGCUAUGUUAUACUACAAUCCAGAUAUUUCGCUUGAUAAUCUUCUAAACGACUUUUAUAUAAACCCGUAUUUGUUACAUUUUUACAAUCAUCGCAAACUGAAAGAAAUUUGUUUGAGUGUGGGAGAAGGUUGCGAAAAGCUGCCAGAGUUACCACAAGUACCUUAUCUGUUAGAAUUGAGUAGAAAUGCAGCGCGGAAGUAUAUAGUAAAUAAAUUUAAUAUAAAAAAGUCUGCACAGUUUUACACGGUGUUGCGGUGGCUUCCUAUUGGUGAAAUGAACAAAAAAAUUAUUGCUCUAGAGAAGAAAAUUUAUGAGUAGGAAUGUUUUGUUACGAAAUGUGCCUUCAAAAAUGUGAUUACAAAAUGUCUAGCUGAUCUCUUGUUUUUAAAGACUAAAUAAUUGUUUUAAUUAUGCAACAGCAUUGUUUUAUUUACAAGUCGUAUUUUAUUGUUUAUUAUGUUUAAGGUAUAAAUAUUUCGCUUUAUUGUAGCUUUAAAUUGUAAUAUUUUCCAAUAAAUAAAUCUUUACUUGAA